GCCUCCCUGCCAGCCUCCAGCCUCCAUCCCAGCCUCCGUGCCCGGCUGCCUCCCUCCCUCCCUCCCGCCUUCUCUCGCCGCCGGAACGGAACCGAAAGCAAAGGCGGCGCCGGGCGGCCCCGCUCCGGCCCCGGGGGCCGCGCCCUUCCCCACGGCCCGGCCCGGCUCGGCUCGGCUCGGUACGGCCCGGUCAGGUCGAAGUCCCGUUCUUGCCAAGGAGGAAGCAGGGAGGAGGAGAAGCCGUGUGGAUGCGGCGCGGUGGGCGGAGGUGUUGAGCCUCGGGGCUGAUCCCGCACCCCACGCUUGGUGCACGUCCCCGUCGGAGCACCGCCGGCAGCCGGGAUGAGGCCGGCGGCCUCGCCAUGCCCUCGUGCGUCCCCAGCAGCUCACCCGCGGCCCCCCGGCCCCUGCACCGUGACGGAGGGCGCAGCCAAGCAGCCGGGCCACCGCUGAGCGCCCGCCGCCGCGCCAUGGAGUCGCUCAUCGUGGUGACCGAGUGCGAGGCGACGGGGAUGGCGAGCGAGGAGGAGAUGAGCGCGGCCGCCGGGGAGGAUGGCCGGGAGCCGAGGGCGAAGCUGAACCUCUCCGGCCGAAAGCUGUCCCUGCAGGAGCGCUCGCACACCGCGCACUCGCCCGGCAGCAGCGACGGCGCCAGCGAGCGCUUUAUCUACCCGUCCCUGCCCUACUCGCCGGUGACGUCCCCGCACUCGUCCCCGCGCCUGCCGCGGAGGCCGACGGUGGAGUCCAACCGAGUCUCCAUCACGGGACUGCAGGACUGCGUCCAGCUCAACCAGUACAAGCUGAAGGAUGAGAUCGGGAAGGGCUCCUACGGCGUGGUGAAGCUGGCCUACAACGAGGACGAUAACACCUACUAUGCAAUGAAGGUUCUCUCCAAAAAGAAGCUGAUGAGGCAGGCGGGCUUCCCCCGCCGCCCGCCGCCCCGCGGGGCCAAAGGCGCCUCGGAGGGCUGCGUGCAGCCCAAGGGGCCCAUUGAGCAGGUCUACCAGGAAAUCGCCAUCCUGAAGAAGCUGGACCACCCCAACGUGGUGAAGCUGGUGGAGGUGCUGGAUGACCCCAGCGAGGACCACCUGUACAUGGUGUUUGAACUGGUGAAGCAAGGCCCCGUGAUGGAAAUCCCCACCCUGAAACCUCUCAGCGAGGACCAGGCUCGGUUCUACUUCCAGGACCUGAUCAAGGGCAUUGAAUACUUGCACUAUCAGAAGAUAAUCCACCGGGACAUCAAACCUUCCAACCUCCUCGUGGGGGAGGACGGGCACGUCAAGAUCGCCGACUUCGGCGUCAGCAACGAGUUCAAGGGAGCUGACGCCCUCCUAACCAACACGGUGGGCACCCCCGCCUUCAUGGCCCCAGAGACGCUCUCAGAAACCAGGAAAAUCUUCUCUGGAAAGGCUUUGGACGUCUGGGCCAUGGGAAUCACGCUGUACUGCUUCGUGUUUGGGCAGUGUCCUUUUAUGGAUGAAAGGAUCCUGAGUUUACACAAUAAAAUCAAGACCCAAACGUUGGAGUUCCCAGACCAGCCAGAAGUUACAGAUUUCUUGAAGGAUCUGAUUACACGUAUGCUGGAUAAAAAUCCCGAAUCGAGGAUUUCGGUCCCUGAAAUUAAGGCAAGUACCUUGCAACAGCCUUUGGCAGGAGAUUUCUGGUCCUUCGCCCCUGCGGGAACCUGGAAGGGGCGAGAAGCUGAGAAAAUGGAGACGAAGUUGCACCCUUGGGUCACCAAGAACGGAGCGGAGCUGCUGCCCACCGAGGACGAGAACUGCACCCUGGUGGAGGUGACGGAGGAGGAGGUGGAGAAUUCGGUCAAGCACAUCCCCAGCCUGGCCACCGUGAUCUUGGUUAAAACGAUGAUCCGGAAGCGAUCCUUUGGGAACCCGUUUGAGGGCAGCCGGCGGGAGGAGCGCUCAUUGUCCGCCCCUGGAAACCUGCUGCCGAAGCAAGGCAGUGAAGAUAACCUGAAAUGCAACGACUUGCCUAACGUGGGAGAGGAGGAAGUCCUUUCGUGAACGGCCGCUUUACGGUUCUGUUGAGCAACUCGGUCUGGGGCAUGUUCUAAAGCGUGCGGCUGAGGAUGAGCGACAUUAACAGAGCCCACACCAAACGCAGCAUGACGCGGCGCUAUUUCGGUGUAACGCUGGGUGUAGAGCUUACAUAGCAGCAUGUUGUAAGACAUCCGACUACCGUAUCCGUCAUAACCAUUGAACAUCUCUGAUUGCUUGGACCGCAGACUUCUCGUGGGGGGAAAAAAAGGGUGCUGGCAGAUCCCGGAGAGGUGAGCGAUGAUGUUGAGCAGCAACAGCGCAUUGAAGAAAAAAAAAAAAAAAAUGGCAGUCAAACAAGAAAGGUGUUUGGAACUUCUUUUGCCUGCCAAAAAAAAUUCCAGGCACUAUCGCCAACGUCCCAGGGGUGUUGUAUGCCCAUCUCGUGCGCACGUGCAGAAGUGUGAAGCUUUUGCAGAGCGGCAUGCGCGAUAUAAAACUACACUCAUGCACUUUGAGGGUUCAUGACCUGCCAGAAAUGUUGCAUCUAUUUCUCGUCGUUCUGUUCUGGUUUUAAUUGACACCUUUUUAACUGCAUGGGAACAAAGCAAAACCCACCUUUUCAGCUUUUUUUUAAGAAUGCCUACCUUUGUGAGCCGAGUUGUAUUAAACGGCAUCUUCAGGACAUUCAGAAAGUGAGGCUAAUUGCAGCGUUUGAGGACGCUGCCUCUCCUGAGGUCUUGGUGUUGGUGGGACUGCCAAUGGGUAAGUUCAACACUCAGUGUAUGAAAGGAAAAGGUACUUAAGGGCUUAAGUUCAGUCUGAACUAUUUUUGCUGCAGACAUAAGAGUGAAAGGUGGUGUUUAGCUGAAUGUUUUGAACAGCAGAGGAAGCACUAACAAGUCUGUUUCUAAAUCUUUUACUUGAUCUAGAUAGCUAUACUAGUAAAUAUAAAAUUCAGGGUAAAAUCCUUCACUUCCAUGUACAUUACAUGGUUUACUACAAUUAAAAAUAAUACAACUUAACGCUAUUUUUUAAGUAUAGAUUUAGGGCUUGCUUAGACUUUAAGAUCUUAACGAAAUACUUAGAUUAGCUAGUAAUUUUCAAAGAAACCUUUGUUUUCCAAACUCUUCAUUUGGAUUUUGGGGCCAAUGCUGUGUACUUUUUGCAAGUUCGUUACCAGUAAUUUGUGAAUGCCUGUGGAUCAGAGGCUUGUUAGUAAUUUAAGUGUAUACCUAAUUCAUGGAUUGUUUCUUAUGAAGAGCUCCUUCACCUGCAGUCAGAUUUCUCUGAUCAUUUUGUGGUGCUUGUUGAGAAAAAAAAAAAAAAAGUAGUGGGAGAGACUCUGGCUUCUGGACUCACGUUCACAAGAUCUCUGUGCUCAGACAAAGCUGGAGAGCGGCAGCGUGUAGGUGAGCUGGCGGAGAUCAGGGUUUGGCUGAGCGAAGGGGUCCGGGUAAGUACAGCUGUCCUGUGGCUGGAGCGUGGGGCCGGGAGGAGAAGGUCGGACUUCUUGUCUCAGCCUCGCGACUGAUGUGGUUCUGCUGGGAGAGGAGGAUCCAAACAUCCCGAGCAUGCGAGGGACAGUUAGGCUGAACUCUUUGCCCUGAGGGUGCUUUAGGAAACCGAAGUGUUAGGGGUGGUGGGAUGGCUGCCCGCUGACCCGGCCACAGCUGCCCUGUUGUAGGCUUUUAGGACGUGACUGUUCCCUUGUCUUCCGUCACCUUGGGCGCCGCUGGCAGCAGAGCGCUGAGGCUCUUGGCUGCGGUCGGACCUGGCCCAGUAAGUCCUGGCUCUGACCGGUCCUUGUUGAAGUCGGGUGGUGUUAGUGAGUGCAGAGGUGCCUACACAAACUGCCCUGUAUGUCUUUUGAUCACCUGAAGCGAUGCUCCCCUUAGGUCGCAAUUCAUUACCGAAAGAUUGUGCUGCUGGCCUCUCCAAAACCAGUGCCUCUGGUUUGUGAUUUGGGAGCGGUACGGUGGAAUUCAGGGCCAUGUUUUCCUCCCAUUUUUCGUCCAAGGCUAUGCCAAAGCCCUGCAGCUUCAGCUAUGGGAAAACCAAACAGGUAACUUGGUUGCCAGCACUACUCCAGCUGCCUCCUCCCCUGUCUCUGAACAGGAUUUGUUCAUUGUGGAAACGAUGAUUGGGAGUGGGCAGCUUGGUUCUAUAACCUUGUAAAUGGACUUAUUCUGAGGGGAAAAAAAAAAAAGGAAAAAAAAAAAGGGGAUCUGAUUACUUGUAGCUAGUGUGUAGUGACGUGUGUGGUGUGUUUUUGUUAGAGGUGAGUGAGCUGUAGCGAUGCUCCAUGCUGAGCAUCUCCAGCUGGUGAUUUGGCAGGUACCUAGCAAGACAGUUUAAAUUUACCAAACAGGAUUGCCAGGUGCAAUGCAGCUUCUGAACAGAACAACCUCCACCAGUUCCUUGAUGCCCAGUCACAGUUACUGGGACUCAGAUGCUAGCAUAGAUCGGUGUCUUACGGCCAGUGUGGGCUUGGUUCGUACGGAUCCUAAGGCUCAGCACUUCCCGAAGGUGCUCUGCAGAAGGCUUGUCUCUUAGUGCCAGCUCUGGUAAGGCUGCAGCCAAAUGCACGUUUCCAAAAGAAACUCGAUGUAGAUUUUCUUGUUGAUUCGUUCUGUUGAAAGCGUAAAGCUUGGGUGUGUGAGGAAGAUGUAUCUCAAUGCAUGACCUGUUAGAGAAGCUGUACUGUAUGUUUCAAUCUGCCCAGUUCGCCGUCUGCUGUUCCUUAGUAAUAAAGCUCGCUUUUUUUCUUAUAGUGAAGUAAACAUUUUGCUUGUGCCUUGGAACUGGGCUACAGCUUGAUUUCCCCAAUUCCCCUCCUUUCAAGCGAGCCCAGUGCUGACUGUGGGGUUAAUGCUGGGUACUUUGGGGCUCUGAAAGCACACAGGAAAGUGCUAUGGGGAAACCAGGCCUCUCGUGCUGAGUAGUUUUCUUGGUGGUCCCCUCCCACCGAUCAGGCAACUGAUCUGUUUCUUUUCUAGAGUCCUGAAUAUUGGCAAAUUUUUAUACUGUUUGUUUAAUGACCAAGGCUUGUGUUUCAUUCUUACCCCUUUAUUAUGCAUUUAACUUUAUCAGGUGUAUCAAGUUUAAAUACUGUGUAUUUACCACUUUUAAAUUAUAUUACCUAAGAAGAAAACAACUAAGUGUUUUUCCACACAGCUGUUCAAGCUUCUCUGUACAAGUUGAAAUAAAUGACAUGCAACCACACCCUGAAUUAGUUGAUUAAGGGGAACCAU